CGAUUCAAGGUCGAGGGGAGGGGGUUGCAGUUGCAGUCUCGCUGAGUUGAUUACUUACAUUAUAAUUAAUUUAUAUGAUCAGUUCAUAAAACAAUACGUACAUGACAUAAUUUGACAUGAAAAAUGGCGGGUGAAAUUGGCGGUACUGGUGGCGGUAGUUGCGGUGGUGAUAGUGACGCGCCGUCCUCCCCCAGAAACAGGGUCAAGUUCUUGUGCAGCCAUGGUGGCAGAAUCCUACCCAGGCCCGCCGACGGCCACCUCAAGUACGUCGGAGGGGAUACUCGCGUCGUCGCAUUGUCUCGCAGCAUAACGUUCGCAGAGUUGAUGAAAAAGCUGAGUACAUUGUCUGAUGGGGAGAUGGUGCUGAAAUACCAGCUAGGCACGGAAGAUCUCGACGCCUUGGUCUCCGUCAAAAGCGACGAGGAUCUAAAGCACAUGCUUGAUGAAUAUGAUCGACAAGAGAGCGAAGGGAGCCCGAAGCUGCGAACGUUCUUGUUCCUGUCCAAGCCAGUGGUGAUCGAGGGUCCAACCCCGUCGUUGGAACACCAAAUGCUGGAGCAGCGUUACAUUGACGCCAUCAAUGGAAUCAUUCGAUCACCACCGAAAAUGCAGCCCCAAUUGCAGCAACAGCAGCAGAAUGCUCCGACUGCCCCGAUGAUCAUCGCAAGUAGCCCCAUGGGCAGCCUCAGCUUAUCUUCGGCGUGUUCAUCGCCCAAAUCAGCAUCCCCAGAACACCACGCGCUUGUGGGUGACAUAAGCAUGGGAGGUCACCGGUUCUCGCUUACGCCUCCAAUGCAUAAAGUGCACAGCUCGCCGAGUAUUUGCAGUGCAUACCAAGGCCAUGCUCAAGGGCGUCACCAUCACCCUAACUACCAUCAGAACCACCACCACCAUGCGUACCAGUCUUCGCUUGGUGCAAGAGCACACCACCUAGGGAUUAGGACACCACCUCCGUCGUCGCCAGUCAGGUCUGAGUCCGGAAGCGCACGGGGCUCGUUGAUGGGCCCUAAUGUUUCUCCUGGGCAUGCCCAAAAUUCGAUUCCUUACAACUACCCUACCGGUAGCAAAAACAAUAGUCCUCGAUCAUCACUAAGACUAAGUGGCGGCAGCGGCGGCGGAGGAUGAAGCAGCAAAUGUGGACACUGACAAUUGUCCGCCCUGAAUGCUUGUAACACGAACAUCAGCAGGGACGAGAGCCUCCCUCUAAGUCCCAGAUAGUCUCUGUUGGUUUGUUACUAUUGGUGUUGGUUUUUACUGCUGAAUGCAUAUAAGGUGCCUGUUCUUUUUUCGUGCGAAUGAAAGAAAUAUUGUAAAGAUAAAACAGAAACCAUCUAUCAACAAGUAUCAAUUCUGGAACAAGUACAGACAUAUAUAGGUUCAGUCAAGUUUGCUGCUCAUCUGCAUUUAAUUCAAUCGAUGCUUAAACAAUUUGCGAGGGAUCUAAUCGCCCUAUUGUUUUGUUAUCGUUCUUCUCGAGUCCCCUAAUUAAUUUCAACUAACUAGUCCUUUGCCAUCCAAAGGACAUUGUUUCUCAUUCUCCAUAAAACAAAAAUGACACCUUAACCCCCGACACCACGAUCCCAUCCCAGUAAAAUCAUUCUUACAUACACAUUCAAUCUGAACAAAAUAAG